GGAGAAUCACGCCGUUCGUUAUCAUAACAAACAAGAUGGCGGAUGCAGCCGAAAAUCCUGCAAUGAAUCUUUGUAAUGUGUGCGGAAAGAACUUUAAGAGAAGACAAGACCUUAGACGCCACGAAAGAGGGCACGAAGGGAAAGGCCCAUACCGUUGCUGUGGGCGGGUUUUCCGGGAGAAAAAUGAAUAUUCACAGCAUAGAUGCGACAAGCAUGGGGCGCCAAGGAUGUUUGCAUGUCAGCACAGUGACUGCAAAUCCAGCUUUGCUACCAAUCAUGCCCUGAAGAGACAUGUAAACGAAGUACAUCCCCUGGGGCCUAGAAGGUUCUCAUGUGAUAACUGUAAUGAGGAAUUUUGUUACAGAUACCAGCUGUCAAAUCAUAUUUCCGUGAAACAUAACCAUGAAAGAAACCAUAGAUGUACAAGGUGUGGGAAAAGUUAUGUUUUUUCGCUCAGGUCUUUCUCGGCAUCAGAGGACCUGUAGAGCUAAAGUAAACAACUGAAUAUUGUGUUGCAUAAUGAUAUAUGUCAUGUGUUUACGUAUUGGAUAGAAAUAUUCGAUCCGGGGGCGCCUGCGCAUUGGGCUUGUAACGAGGUUUGCUGACUUACAGCCC